GCGGCGGCGCACGCUCGCAAACCUACGAUGUUCACCGACGUCUGCACCACACCUCACAUGCUGCUGUGGGCUAAACUGAAAGGUUUCCCAUACUGGCCAGCGAAGGGCAUGUCCGUCAAUAACUCUGGUCUGGUCGACGUGCGUUUCUUCGGCGCGCACGACCGCGCCUGGGUGCCGGCUAAGGACUGCUUCUUGUAUUCCGAGAAAGACCCCAACAACUUCCGCACUAAACGCCAGGAUAUAUUGGAUAGUAUGCAGGAAGCCGAACAGCACAUUCGCAACAUAUCGCGCAAGUACGGCAAGUUUGUGUACCCGCCCUUCAAGACGCAGUUCGAUCCGUCCCGGCUAACCGAACAACUUAAAAUGAUGAUUCCAUCCUUCGAGGGCGAAGUAAAGGUGUCCACGAAGGAAAAGCCCUCGAUUGCUUCACCAAGCAUGGUGAAAGACAAACGGUGCUCAAAAAGCUCUAAGAGCUCUCACAAUGAAGGGGAAGCUAGUGACACAGAAGAAGGGUCGACCGUAACAUGCAAAAUGGCGGAUGGAGCGGAUAUUGCUAGAAUAGAAGAAGACACGUCUGAGAAGGACAAACCAAUGGAAGUAGACCCUAAACCUGCAGAUUCUGAAAAACCUGAGAAACCAUCAAGAAAACGCCGGCGGUCGCAAAUGGAAGAAGUAUCCGUUAUGACCGUCAUGGAGCGCAGCACAAAAGAGAAAAAAAAGAAAAUCAAGACCGAGGACGAGAAAAAAGUUGAUAUAAAAGAAGAAUCUCAAAGUUCCACCGCCAGUGGCGCAGAAGAACCUAAAAAUACACCAACUAAGGUGUACUCUAAAACAAAGUCGGAUAGUCCUCAAGCAAAAAGCAAAGGCAGCGAACAAACUAACGGCAUCUCAGAUAAAGAAAAAAAUGCAAAGCUUACUCCGAUCAGGCUAGUAAUAUCAACCAACCAAAAAAGAGUAGUCGCGAAAACAACAGGCCGAGGCAGCCCAAAGGUUUUACCCAUUAGAAUAAAACAGACGAAGCUGGAUAAAUCGAUCGUCGUGACCAAAACUAAAUCCAAAGACGAAAAAACAAAACAACAGAAGCGUAGGAAUUCUAAAGGCAAAGACAAGUCAUUGAAUAUUAGUACUGCUUCUGUGACAACAGAAAAGAAAGACGAAGAAAACAAGAAUAGUGAAAACACUGUAGAACCUGAGAAAAAUAAAGAUAAAAAAGAAAGUAACAAACAAAAGGAGGAUGCUAAAAAGUCGACAUCAGAACAAUCAAACACGCCAAAUGUUAACGCAGAAACUCCCAAAACGGGCAAAGAACGCUCUCAAUUCGAUGAUAAUACGAGUUUAGCUGAAUUGGCAAGGGGCUCCAAUAAAAAGGGCGUUACAAAUAGUAACGUGCACGGCCUGCCCACUAUUAGCUGCGUGAGGAGUCUUUCGACGACCGCUCAGGAUACCAGUACUACCACGACAAAAACUACAACGCCGUCUAAAAUGAUCGAAGUGACCAUCGAACCCAAUAGUUUGCUCACUCCCAUGAGUAGCAGUAAUGUUCAAAGCGUGAAAGAGACGACGCCCAAAACGACCGAGCCGUCUAUGGUAGGCCGAGUGGGCGUUCGCGCGUUCGCAAGAUUGAAAUCUCCCGAGACUGAGAAAAGCAAGAAAAAGGAAGUCGAGGUGGAAAUCAAAGCGGAGCCGAUGGACUUUGAAGAUCAAGAGCGCCAGAUGGAAAAAGUGAAUAUGAUGAAAACGUUCAAACUGAGGCCAGUGAAUCAGGUCGCAGCCCAGAACGUGACUAGUUUGCGGGAAGUGAGGAUAAAUAAGGUGGUGAUGACGCCAUUGAACGCGCGAAAGACGGCGACUAAGGCUGUGGAGGUGCGACCUAGGGCUCGGAAGACGUUCCCUCAGCCGAAGAAGCCGGAUGAUGGAAGAAACGAGUUGAACAGCAAGAACUCGAUGGUGUAUAUUCCGAUUCAGCCGCCGAUGACGCCGGGCCCGCUGCGAGUCCGCGCGCCGGUCAGCUGCGCCAAUGGACCGAUGACCGUCACGACAGGACCGAGGCCAAUGGCUCCCAUAAUGACUACUUCUCCGAACAACAUAGUGAACACCGUGACAACGCCGCUAGUGCCGUCCAGUGUGCCGCCUCUCGUCACGCCGACCUCAUUGCCUCUACCCACCUCGUCUAUGGUCACGAACCCACUGCCACUAGUGCAGGUGGGACAAGUCCCGACUACCGUACAUAGGGUGCCGCUGAUCACGUCUGUUAAUGGACAGUGGACGUUCAGUCUGCAGCCGAUUAUGUCGGUUGGAGGAGGGAUGGAUGAUUCGUCAACCCCACCGCUGCUAAACGGCCUCCCAGAGCGUCCCAACCCACCAAUGACCAUCACUCCACUGCCGCCCGCGUCUACCGUUCCGGCUAUCAUACCGACGCCUACCGUUGUACCGGUACCGGGCCCGCCAGUCAUCGUGACUAAUACGCCUAACGCUUCUAAUACGGCCAACGUAUCUAACACGGUUAACGUGACGAAUGCGUCUAACUCGCCAGUGCCGGCUUUGGCCUCGGCGAAUAAUACGUCGCCGAACUCGAGGACACCCGAUAGUAACACGGUCAACCCUGGAGAGUUCCCGCAGCCCCCGAGACUGCAGCAGCGGCCGGUGCUGCUAAACCCGCUGGACUCGCUGACGCCCAUCGGCAACGUGCCGCCGCCCUCCUCCGUCGGCCCGGUCACUGCCAAGCUCAACCAGAACGCCGUCAAGUUAACGGACUUCUUCCGGACGUUGCUGGAAGACUCCCUGGAGAAGUUGGACGACCCGGCGACGCAGGUGACGACGCUGAAGCUGCAGAGCGAGCAGAUGGCCUGGCGCCAUCAGCAAGAGAUUGAAGAGAUGAAGCACAACCACGAACUUGUCUUGGCGGAGAUGAGGGCGUCGUAUGAAAAAGAGAAGGCGCGAAUGAUGUCCGAAAUGCGGCGCGUGGCGCAGACCGAGCUCGAAGCGGCCGUCAAACAGGCCAAGGCCAAGCAGUGGUGUGCGAACUGCUACCAAGAGGCGCAGUUCUACUGCUGCUGGAAUACUUCGUACUGCGACUACCCGUGCCAGCGCGCGCACUGGGCACAGCACUAUGCCGUGUGCACGCAGCAAAGGGACACUCCCAGUAAUCCGAACGAAGCGCCUGGCAGUAGAUUGCAACCGCAACCAGAAAAUAUUCCCAAAUGCACCACGGCGCCGAGCGUGACCCCCACGCUAACAGUUGGCGGUAAGAUCGCGCAAGCGCGGGCUCCCACCAACCAAGACGCCCCGCCCACGUCUAAAUCUUCUUCCAUCAUCAUGAGCAUGGUAGAAGACAAAAGUGGGAAUCAGACGAUGAAGUGCGUGGGCGUCUACAAGCCGUCCGCGCCUGCCGUCUCCAACCAGAUCUCGCCGAUCGUUCAGAUGCCGAAUAACGAAGAGAACGCCACCACCAACAAAAUGAUGACAUCGGGUGGCUACCUCAUAGUCGGCGGAAACACCACAAACCAGGUCACGACGCCGCCGCGCCGCGCACACACCAUCCAGUACCACUACACCUGAGGAUUGCUGCACACAGCUCCACAGUGGUCUGGUGACGUCAUUGUAAUCGAUUAGCAAACAAUAGACUAAAGCCUGGUCCGUAAGCACGUAGAAUUUUGUCCAAUGACCCCAAGCUACCGCGCGUAAUUAUGUUGCUGUCGCGCUUGCACACUCACUGCGGGCGCCCGUCGCACAGUCGCUACAGCAAUAUAAUUACGCGCGAGCGAUAAGGAUGGGUAGCUUGGGGUCAUUGGACAAAAUUCUACGUGCUCACGGACCAGGCUUUACACACUGAUACUGCCUGCAGCUACAAUGAGCCUGACUUAGUUUUUAAACGUUUUAACCAGUAUAGAAACAAUAUUUUUCAUGUUUGAACCUUAUGUUAUCUGGAUAAUGUUCAAAAUAGACAACUCUGUGACUACCAGGUGAUUGGCUAAGUACGUUGGUUUACGUGUUUAGAAUAAAAUAAUUAGAAAAAGUGGGGUUGUUUUAGAACAUAUCACCGUUUUGUUCACAUCCUUGGCGAUAAUGUCACUGCAAAAGCAAGCAUUUUUUACCUGUCUUUAAAUUAGUACACAAUCUUCCUUCUAUGAGAUGAUUGUGAGUGAUUAACUAGAUCUCUACUCGAUUGUGAUCUCCGCAGUUGUCGAAACCGUACUGCUAACAAUUUCUUUUCUUCUCAACUUUACAUAUUCGUAUCUUCUUUGGUAGAGUUCGAACCUACGCUUGCGAAUAUUUAUAUUAUUUUAUGAAAUAAUUUCUAAGUGAUUAUAACCUAUUUCUUCUACAUGCAGCCCCACUUAUAAUAUCCAGUGACAUUGAAACCGUAUGGGUUUUAACCCAUCUAUCUGUUCUCUAUCCCAGUUAAGAUAAUAAUAUGUGAUGUGGCUUAAAACAUCUGCUAAUGUAUGUAAUACUAGCUUUUGCCGGUACUAGGUGAAGCCGCGGUCACCCGCGUGAAAUUUAGUUUGUCACAGAUCGUCAUAAAUUAUAGCCUAUUUCUGGGUUAUAAAGAAUAAUACUGUAAAGUUUCAUCAAAAUCCGUUUAGUAGUUUUUGCGUGAAAGAGUAACAAACAUCCAUCCAGACAUCCAAACUUUCGCAUUUAUAAUAUUAGUAGGAUCUGGUUGUUAAUUAUUUGCGCGUUUGCUCACAAAAAACACUCAUAUUGAGCCAUGUCACAGUAGGUUUUGGAAAAUCUGUUCAAUCAGCCAUUGUUAUUAGAAUGGAUACAUUAGUCCUGUAAAUAGUAGCAUUUAGUCAGAUGAGAAGUUAAUGAUUUACGACUAAGUAAAUCUUUUUAAAUUAUACAUAGGUGUCUUAUAGUUUCCGCAUUUAAUGAGUGCUGUUAAAGCAUUUUGAAGGAUGAUAAUUUGAUAAAUCUACCGUAACUUUACAAUUGUGCAAAGUUAUUAUACUCAUAUUUCGAAUAUCUGUAAAUAUUUUGUAAAUCGCAUGAGUCAUUGUAUAUUUUGAUAUGAACAUUUACGACGGGAAUUGUUUGUAUACUAACUUGUAACUGUUAUGUGGUAUACUUGUCGUUGGAAUACAUCACUCACAGAAUUGGUUUGGUGGCAACAUAGUCUAGUAAAAAUAAAAGUUUUUGGUUGCAUUACAGUCAUCUCUGUUUGUAAAUUGGUUGUGAAUUUGUGGUAUUAUUGAGCCUGACAGUCUGGAACCUGAAAAUAAAUACAAUUAUGUUUUCUAAGUUAAUUAAACAAAAACUGUAAUGUAUAUCAUGUAUCCUAUUGCUAAGAGGUAAAAUUAUACAAUAUUAAAUGUGGCAUACGAAAUUGCACUUUUUCAGGAUUUCGUUAUGUUACAAUAAUUACGGAUUAUAAUCGUCCAAUGACAAAAUGUCUCUCGAAAUAGGCGAUAAUGUUUUCACUUUGUUCGAUACGUUGUGGAUUUAUUAAAUGAAGUAAGUUUUUUAGGUAUUUUUCGAGUACAUAAUUCCAAAUGCAAAAUCUUAUGCACCUUACUCCAUACAAAUUUAUUUUUACUAGACAAUAUACAGAAUAUCUCAUAUCUGAUAAGCUAUUUGAAUACCUGUUAUAAGUAUUAUCAG